AUGAAGACAAGUUGGUUGCUCCUUGGAUACUUAUUCAUUGUUUACUCAACUCUCAUUUGGUCUUCGCCAAUUCGAAAACGAGAAGAUGUCAUAGAAACUUCGAGUGAUGUGACUGUGUCAGCUUUCGAGAAGCCGAUAUUCAAGGAGACUUCAUCUAAAUUUCUAGUAAAGUCGUCGGUUUCUGAGCACUCGUCUACCAGAAAAACCACUCAAGAAUCUACAACUCCCACACCAUCAAAACGAUCAAACAGUAAAUCUAAAAAUAAGAAAAAGAAGAAAGUGCUUCCGGAUUAUGGAGAGACGUUCGAUUGGAAAAAUUUUAAUGAGAAUGCUACUAAAACCAACGGUUCCAGUGGGAUGCUUGUUAUGGGAAGUUUGCUCAGCCUCGUCUUCUUUUAUUAUUUUUCCUGA